AUGAUCUUUGCCAAGUAUCUGGUUUUAUCUUCUUUAGUGGUAGGAGUGCAGUUAUUUCUGUACCAGACUCAGCGGAUCCUGUUCGUUGAAGUUAACGGCACUGCAAAGAUCCACUGUUCUUCCACAGAAAAAAUGGAAGGAGGAGACGUGUUUUGGUAUUUGAGACGAGAAGGUGAGACACCCACGUGCAUUAAGUACUGUUUGGAUAAUCUAAAUGUAAGUAAAUUUGCUUGCAAACAUGAGACACACCUCUCGACACUGGAAAUCAGCAACGUCCAAAAGAAUGAGACUGGCGUUUACUACUGUGCAUUUAUAUACAGCAGCUACCUGCUUUUUGGAAAUGGAACCACACUGAUCGUUGGAGACAGUUAUACCAACAGCAGCUGGGUGAUGCUUCUGGUCCCAUUUCCACAUGAUAUUCAAGUCACUGGGACAGCGAAUCUGGCCUGUGUGAUCCAGGGAGUGUCCAGCCCAGUUCAUGUUUCCUGGAGUGUUUCUGGGGAGCUGCAGGAACAGGGGCUGACGCGCUCAUUGAAAGCAAGAGAUGGAUCUUUAACGCUCAUAAAUCCCAUCAGCGUCCCCAUGGACACCUGGACCAGUGGGAAGAAUUUCACCUGUGAAGUCAAAUUCAACUCUUCUGACAAGAGUGUGAAGAAAAGUACCAGGUAUCCUGCAGCCCCUGACAGCGAGUGCUCACAUUACAUUGGGCCCCUUGCGGCUGGUGCUGCUCUGCUGCUGCUGUGGGUGUCUCUGAGCCUCGUCUGGACCCUCUGCCCUUCCACUCUAGGAUUCCAGCCCAGGAUCUCAGCACCCCCAGCUUCAGAGGAGAACCAGGGUGGGAUCUUAUACGCUCAUCUGGAUUUUGAUUCACGGAAUCUCAACGGGCGCACGAUGCAGCGACCGGCCAGAGGGAAACAUACUCAGCGGAUCCAGUUUGUUGAAGUUAGUGACACCGCAAAGAUCCACUGUUCUUCCAAAGAAAACUUGGAAGGAGGAAGUAACAUGUUUUGGUAUUUGAGAAGAGAAGGUGAGACACCCAUAUGCAUUAAGCGCUGUUUGGAUGAUCAAAAUGUAAGUAAAUUUGCUUGCAAACACGAGACACACAGCUCGACCCUGGAAAUCAGCAACGUCCAAAAGAAUGACUCUGGCAUUUACUACUGUGCAUAUAAAUACAGCAGCUACCUGCUUUUCGGGAAUGGAUCCACGCUGCUUGUUGGAG